AAGGAACAUAAAUCAUCAGAAUGGGAAGUAACAGCACAAGCAAUUCAAGAACCAAGUGCACGGAUCUUCAGAUGCCAUUUCAGUACUCACUCUAUGCAACCACCUAUAUUCUCAUAUUCAUCCCUGGUCUCCUGGCUAACAGUGUAGCCUUGUGGGUUCUGUGCCGCUUCAUCAACAAGAAAAAUAAAGCCAUCAUCUUCAUGAUCAAUCUCUCCGUGGCUGACCUUGCUCAUGUGCUCUCCUUACCCCUCCGGAUUUAUUAUUACAUCAGCCACCACUGGCCUUUCCAGAGAGUCCUUUGCCUGCUGUGCUUCUACCUGAAGUAUCUCAACAUGUAUGCCAGCAUCUGUUUCCUGACGUGCAUCAGCCUUCAGAGAUGUUUCUUUCUCCUCAAGCCCUUCAAAGCCAGAAACUGGAAGCGUAGGUAUGAGGCGGGCAUCAGUGUUGUCAUCUGGGUCAUUGUGGGGACCGCCUGUUUGCCACUUCCCAUCCUGAGAAAUCAAGACUUAGCCAACAACACUGAGUCCUGUUUUGCUGAUUUAGGGCUUCAACCCAUUAGCAUGGCUUUCUCCAUAGGCUUGAUAACUGUAGCUGAAAUGGGAGGGUUUGUGUUGCCUGUUGUAAUUAUCACCUAUUGCACAUGGAAAACAAGAAAAUCUUUACAGGAAUUCCAAGUCCCCUCAGAGAAUACUAAAGAGAGAAAAAGGGCUUUGUGGAUGGUCCUGAUGUGUGCAGUCGUGUUCAUUGUAUGUUUCACCCCUUAUCAUAUCAAUUUCCCCUUCUUUAUGAUGGUGAAACAGAAUGUAUUUUCCAAUUGUUCAUUUAUUAAGAGCACUCUAUGUUUCCACAUAAUUUCUCUCUGCCUUGCAAAUCUCAACUGUUGUCUUGAUCCAAUUGUAUAUUAUUUUAUGACUUCAGAAUUUCGUGAUCAAUUUUCAGAACAUGGUGGCUUGGUUCUUCAGUCAUGUGUGAGAUGUAAGGACAGUAAUUUGGCAAUUCGUCAGAGGAAGGAAGACCUUCAAACUAUCUCUCUUGAAUGUUUGGAUGAUUCCAAGGCAAUGUAAUCAAUUAAUUAGCUAUAAUAAACCGUGUAUUCUAUAAGGCUCAGAAUGUUUGGAUGAUUCCAAGACAAUGUAAUCGAUUAAUUAGCUAUAAUAAACCAUAUAUUCUAUAAGGCUCACUAUAAUAUACACUGAAAGUAUUUUUUUAAACAGCAUCGAUAUGUGCCUUAAACACUGAUCCCUUCCUUCCAACCUCAAAAUUAUCUUUUUGGAAGAAAUAGUCAUGCCUGUAUUUUCUCCCCAAAUGGAAACAUAAAGCUCUAUGGAGUAUGUGAACAAAUGUCUUCCUUUAUAGAAGGUGACUGGCAAUAGAAUGAAUUGUCAACCAGUCCCUCAGUAAUCAAUCUACCCUUUUCAUAGUCUCCUGAGCACAGCGAAAUGGAAGUUGGUAACAAUUGAAUAUAGGUGUAUUGUUAAAGCAUUUCAAAGCAUAUAGGGGAUAAUAUGAUUCUGGCUUUAUUUAGAAAAUCUACACCAAUUGUGCAAAGUCUAUUCAAGAGUAACCCCUUUACAGAUACUAGUGUGAGCUAAUGGAACUAAUACCCUUAUAAAUUAGAAUAUGUAUAUGGUUCUACUUUUACACCCAUGGGAAUACAGGCAAUUUCUAUUCACCCAAAAUAUCUCCAAUGUAUCAUGAUGUUUAUGCACUACACACACAUGCGCGCACAUACGCAAACACAUAAACACACAUCUCAAAGACAGAACAUAAUAUUUGAACCCAAUUCACAACCUUAAGAGUCACAGGAUUGCAGUGAAGAUUCUUUGCUUGGAUUUUAUGAGUGCAUGUUAUGGGAUAAUGGUUUUCAUAUAUUGGCACUGAUUCA